UUCUUGAGGAAGCGUCAACUUCUGCUGCAGCGAUUUUCUACGCCAAGAAUUUUUCGCAACGAGAAUUCCCUGCUCAUAUCGGUGUCUACGGCAAUUUGGGCGCAAAUUCAUAUUACCAACAACUUGUAAUUGACCGCGUGCAGUGAAGGCAGUGAAAACUGGUGCAAAAUGAGUGUGGAAGAGGAAGUGUUCAAAAUUCAGAAGAAACUGAACAAGAUGACAUCCCCGGACGGAACGGGCCAAGAGCAAGCAUUCGAUCUCCUGAAAACCUUACAAACUCUUGACAUCAAUUUGGACAUCUUAACCAAAACUCGUAUCGGCAUGACUGUCAACGAACUACGGAAAAGCAGCAAAGAUGAGGAAGUUAUCUCUUUGGCAAAAACCCUAAUCAAGAACUGGAAACGUUUCCUGGCCAAUACCCCAGCUCCAGCCACAGGACCAAGUAGCAAAGAAUCAUCAAACAGUAACAGCAAAUCAUCAAGUAAAUCAUCAUCAUCGUCAUCCAGCAAAAAAGAGGAAAAGAAGAAAGAAGAGAAGAAACAGGAAGAGAAGCCAAAAGUCCACCAGACAAGUUUCCCAGCUGCAAGCAAUUCAAUGACAGAUGCUGUAAGAUUGAAGUGUCGGGAAAUGCUUGCAAAUGCCCUUAAAGUCGACGGAGAACCACCAGAGGGUUGCCCAACACCCGAAGAAUUAUCCGAAGAGCUCGAGGAUGCUAUCUACGCUGAAUUCAGAAAUACAGAUGUGAAAUAUAAAAAUCGCGUACGAUCUCGUGUUGCAAACUUAAAGGAUUCUAAGAAUCCCACAUUGCGUAGUAAUUAUCUGUGCGGGGCCAUAACAGCACAACAACUCGCUAAGAUGACCCCAGAAGAGAUGGCAAGUGAUGAAAUGAAGAAACUCCGUGAGAAAUUCGUUAAAGAAGCAAUCAAUGAUGCCCAAUUAGCUACGGUGCAAGGCACAAAGACAGAUCUCCUGAAGUGCGGCAAGUGCAAGAAGCGCAACUGCACAUACAAUCAAAUCCAAACCCGAAGCGCUGAUGAACCGAUGACGACAUUCGUACUAUGCAAUGAAUGCGGUCAUCGUUGGAAGUUCUGUUAAGGAGACGGUGACAGCGCUCAUCUCCUUGCAUUAGUAAUAUUUUUAUUUCAUUAUAUUUUUGGGACUGUUUAGAUGCAAUUGCCCGAGGGAGCAGUUUGAAUUGAAUUCAAUAUGUCGUGUAUGUUGUGACUGGUCUUAAAAGCUUUCCAGGAGUUUUUCAGUUUAGCAAUGUUAUGUGCAAGCCCUACAAGGAUUAUUGAAAUUACAGAAGCUCACAUCAUGCUAGCAAACUAGAGCCAAGUCCGAAAUAUUGCGGUGCGGACGAGAUGCACAUCUAAAUAGUCCUGAAUUUAAAUUCGAUGUUCGUUUCCCCCAAUUGCGCUGACUGAAGCUAUCAAUGAAAACCGAUUUAAAGAAGACGCAAAGUUUAGAGAAAACACUACAAAGAUUAUGUCUAAACAAAAGUAAUAUAAAUCAUAUUUAAUUCAUUUUACACUUGCGACGAAAAGAAGAGUGUUUCUGCCGAUCUAAAAUUUACGCCCCCCCGAAAAAAAAGUUGAUUUGUACAUUUGUGUGAUGACAAGACAAAACAAGUUUACAAUGAUGGAAGUAAUUGAGCUGAAAACAAUACUGGAAAAUUGUUUUUCGUAGUGUUCUACUUGAUAAAAUGUUGCUUUUUCUUUUCACUCGACUUUUAAUUUGAUUAAAAAAAGGAAAAGAUUAGAGAUGAAAUCCUAGAUGUAGCCGAGGAAAAUACAUGCAAAAUGUAACUUGAUAUUGUAUUUGAGCGGAGAACUAUUCAUUUUUUGUAUUUAAUUCUAUAAUUUUAAAUAAAGUUUUAACAAGUAAGAUGGA